CAAGCUGUCGAUAACGGUUCAAUAAGGCCGAUGGGAUCGAUAGUUGGGAAGGCCCGCUGUCAUGUGCCAUGCUUGGCACGACCCAGUUCGACAUAGGUCAUGUCUGGGCAGGACUUUUCCUCGCAAUGUACAGGGCAUGCUGCGUGUGUCCUCGCUACCGCUGUGUUAAACUUCUGUUGCAAACGUGAUCGAGGUGUGUCGUAAACUUAGCCUUCACACUUCACACUCUCCGACUAAUUCUUCUUCGUCAGUCUUUUCGCGGGUCAUUUCGUUGUGACAUGGUUUGCUUCAGUCUGAAUUUCGUUUGAAGCGAAGGAUAAAGGCAAAUCCUCCUAAAGGCUUAUCAAAACAUAGUGGAGCUCGGGCCGGUAAGUUUGAUCAUGGGUAAUCGAUUGAUUGGGUGAGAAAACAAGGCGAAGGCUGCGCCUGCAGCUUAGGAGAAGCUCGGCGGUUACACUUUAUAACGGUGCCAAAAACACUGGCACUGUCGCAUUGUUUUGUGGAUCACCAUAACAAGAACGUGUGGUCAGUUCUUCCUUCCAUUGAUUACUGUCCAUUUCGAAUCAAGAAGCGCUCAGCUGACAUGAUGGAUUUCUCAAAGUUUCGAGAGAGCGGAGAUCUGAGCGACAUUACAGUCGUGCUUGAUAAGCAAGAGCACAAACUACACAAGUUCCCUCUGUACGCGAGGUCGGAUCACUUUUGUGAGCUCGCCAGAUCUCGCCCAGGAGGAGAGGCUGAUCCAGUCCGGGAAGAACUUUGGAAUUUUCCGGGAGGUAACGAGAUUUUUGGACAGGUAGCAGACUUUUGCUACAACAUGCCUGUCAACAUGAACAAAGGCAACAUUGUGGCUAUUCGCUCGGCGGCGGAAUAUCUGAAAAUGUUUGGACCUGGCAAUCUUGUGGAAGUGUCGGAAAAGUAUUUAGGGGACACCAUGUCUGCCGCAAAGCUGAACCGCGCGACUCCAUCAAUAAUUGAUCUGCUGAUGCAAUGCAAAAGUGUUGGUGAUGCUGCUAAAGUUGCAGGCGUGGUUGAUUCGUGCAUAAACGCUUUAGUAGAAUGCUGGCUGAAGCCCAGUGUUCCCACCGGAGCUUUCAGGAAUGGGGGUGCGUUCACAAAGGUCGCGCCUACCUCACACGGAAGUGAAAAUCUGUCAGCGUUCACUAGGGUGCUGGGACCACCAGCAGCGGAUCAAAUCGUCGAUCAACUGGAUGAACAAAGCAUUUCUAGCCUGGUGUCCCUGUGUCCUGAAUGGUUCGCAACCAUCUUGUCUAAAGCUCGUAACAAAGGCGUGGGUUGUUCAGAGUUGGGCGCUCUUGCCGUAAGGUACGUCUCAUCCGCCAUGGACGCUGAUAAUGGCCUCAGAAGAGGAAUGAGUAACGGUUCGCAAUCAUUAGAGAGCGACGAUAAACCGUCCAACUCAAGUCCGGCACCCGAAAAGGACACGGACACGUCCGAAACAGUUCUAUCAUUAACUACAGCAAAAUCAGCAGCCGGCGAAGCGGAUGAGUCCACCGUCACAACUCCAGACAAGGCCGUAGACUUGAAGCAAGUUUUGGACAAAGUGCUACUGGUGCUGCCCGAGGAGGCCUUCAGUAUCCCCGCUGUCACAAUGGAGUGGCUGACUAAGGUUCUCCGAGUAGCCACAGCCAAAGGAUGUGAAUGUCGGGGUCACUUAGUACGAGUAGCCGGGGAAAUGCUGACCCGCCUAGGACCUGAAGACUUGUGCAUCAUCUCCCCGUCUGUUCUCCACGAUAUUGUUGUGGACGCCGAGGAAACCGGUGAUGAAAAAGACAGCACAGCCGAUGAUAGCAGCAAGGCAAAACGUAGUAGCAUCACAGUACACCGAGAACGUGCAUGUAAGCUCGUGGACACUUAUAUGGCUCAAAUGAGCUCCAAGGGGGUGCUGACCGCAGAAACAUUCCGACUUCUGGCGUCUGCUACCAAGAAUUACCCUAGAACGUCGCACGAUUCACUCUAUGAUGUUCUGGAAUUUGUACUGAAAUCAGAAAAGGACAGUUUAUCCCCACAACAGCGCAAAGAACUAGCCGAGGUGGUCAACUUUGACCUGGUGUCGGAGACACACCUACAGCGGGCCCUGGAGGAAGAGGUGGCCCCAGGCUCGGUGGUAGCGGGCAGCGCCAUCAAGCUGUGUGGGAGACUGCGCUCAGAGCUGGCGUCCAUCAAGUACAUCGCAGAGACGCAGGAGGAAGAGAUUCAGAAGUAUCAGAAACUCGUUACGUCAUCUUCAAGUAAGACUAAGCAGUUGACGUCUACUUCGCCCCCUCAGAUUGUCGGAGCUAGACAUCUGUCUUCUUUUUCUUCCAGAGACAGGAACUUGGAUCUAGGCUACCCUGAGAGUACAGACAGAUCAAAGGCAAACAAGUCUCCGCGUCAUGAAGACGACGACGAUGACGACGAAGUAACCAAUGCGGACGACCAUCUCAGCCCAGAUCCCAUGGAAGCGGCGCAAAACGUUCUGUCAGCGGCCAGACACAAGCUCGCUCUGCCCAUUUACACAGGCUACCGGCCCGCUCUCCUCACUCGCCUGUCGCCAAACACCGUCGGAGGCGGAAGUCACACCCACGGAAGUCACCAUUAUGGCAGCGGACACAGGGAACACGAUAUCACCUUGGAGGACGAGUUAGAGUUCAAGUUUGACCGUACGUUCCGAAGCCUGGACCCGCGUGUGCGGCACCAGAGGGUCAGCGGUCAGCCUCACCACCACCAUUAUCACCACAGCAGCGCCUCUAACAGAACCUACUUUCCGUAUUCUCACUAUACUAGCAGGUUUUAGGUGGCUGGUCGGGUUUAUGAUACGAGGUUUACAUGGACCAUUUUUCAUGAAUAUCAGUGCAUUUUAAGGCGGAAUUGGGGAGGUACAAAAACAGUGCUCUUCAACCUAGUUCAUUAGCCACAAUUAUGGGGCGAGAAGAGUUUUAGGGAAACUGUAAGAGAUGAUUUCAAUUAAACGUUUAAUGUAAUACAGCAAAGCAUUUAUCCUAAUAUCUGAAAAUGAAAAGAUUUAUUUCUCUUUGAAACACAGUUAUGAAAUUAAAUUAGAAGCACAAUUGCGGUAACACAUGAGUCUGAUAGGUAUCAAUAUUGUUUGAAGCUGUGUUUGAAAUUUACAAUUAAUGUAAAAUAUUAAUGGGGUGAUAAUGCUCACCGCCAAAUGAUUUUCAUCCCCACCAUUAUGUCAUGCCUUUUCAUUUCAAUUAGAAAUGUUCCUGUAUAAUCUGUCCAGAAAACUUAAUAUUUUGCAGUGAUUGCAAAUGUAGCACUCUAACUCCUAUUAACAAUGAAGUUUCUCUUCAAACACCACGGGUAAAGCAUUGGACAAUCAAGUGAAGUGGCACUCCAACGCCUCCGCAGAAAGAGAUUUAAUUGUGUUUAUUAUGAUGCUCUGUCAGUGCACUGACUCUUAUGCCUUCUCAGACAAAAAGCGAGCUUGGAAACUACGUCAGUUUGGGAAUCCACUCAUGGAUUGACUUUAGAAUAGAUUGUCCUCCCAAAGUAAAGCGACGACUCUGACAAAAUCGAAUUUUUGUUUUGUUUUGUUGGUUUGUUAUACCAGUCUUGCCUAUAUCCGUAUGUCAAAGGCAGGACGACGUAUCCAUAUCCGAAAUAUAAAUUUCUGAAGUGCUAAAGCUACGCAAGUGACUGAUCUCAAUAUUAAAUGUCUUGGAUUUUUCGCGUUUUUAUCAAAAUCAUGGAAUGUACACUUACGUCGCUUUGCCUUUGGAUGGCAGAAGAGUUCCAAGGUCUAUUUUCCUUUUGAGAGAUGGUUGUGCCAGAUUGCAUUAAUAUACGCAACAGCACAGAUUUAGAUUCUGACCAUUUUUCUUCGAAUAAUUCAGUACUUGCAAUAUCACCAUUUUCUUUUAAAAUGCGUCCGAUGCCUUGUCUUUGAGUGGAUGGUGCCAUUUUUGCAGUAACACGACUAUAAUAGUGCCUGGUCUAUGUUUGCUUUCUCAUUGUGACCAGGUAGAACCACAGCUCGAUUCUGUUCGAAUAGUUUUGACCUGUUGACUCUCACAUAUACCAGACAAAGCACUGGAACUGCCAAAGCUCCAUUUUAGAAUUGCCAUAGAAGUCUAAGUUAAAAAAACCACCCCAAAACAUCAAAACAAAACAAACCCCGAGAUUUUAGCACUUUAUCUGACGCUCCUUCUUAAUGAAGAGCUUAAAAGGCAUUUCAAUGACAGACAAUAUGUGAAGAACCAGAAAGGAUUCUAAUGCUUCUCAGUUUUUUUCCUCCCCUUUUUGACAGUUAGUAUACCAUAUGCACUAAUGAUACUUUUUUGUUUUGAUCUAUUUAAACUCAGAAUAGGAGUAGAUUCUUUAGGAAACAGGACUUAUAGAUUAUUAGUUAUGUUCGUCCAGUUUAGAAGACGCGCUCGAAAACGUUCUUCACCAAAAGAAAAAAAGUCAACAAGAUAAGUUCAUGAAAUCGAUCCCAGGUCUUCGAACUUAUGCCACCUGCCUCAGCAUCAGAAGUUACCGUACAUUCCGCUAACUUCACGUUAACACCGAAAGUUAACACACUUUUGGUACCAGUAGUACCUUGCAUUGAGCACACAUACUUUGCAGUAGACAACUUAUAGUCACUUCGCCGCAAAGCCUGUGUGUGUUGAUUUUGAGCUUUCAAAUGAGAAUUCUGCAC